AUGCAGUACUCCAGCCUCACACCGGGUCUCGCUGCCGCGGAGCACGUGGGGCCGCCCCCGAGUUCUCGCGAGACCCCGCGGGGCCGGGCCCGCCUGCGGUGGGAGCGGGAGGCCGGGCUGGGGCUGAUGCGGGGAGGAGGUGGCGGCCGCGAGAAGUGGCUGAUGGAUAUCCCGCUGCGGCGGGAGUCGCCGCACCGCGACACGGAUGCUCCGGCCAACCCGCCCGCGGCGCCGCCGCCGAGACCGCGGGAGGAGAAAAAGGCGGUGCUGAGCAAAGUGGUUAUUCGACGGCUUCCUCCUUGCCUAACUAAGGAGCAACUGGAGGAACAGCUACAUCCUCUACCUGCCUAUGAUUAUUUUGAGUUUUGCACUGCUGAUCCCAGCCUUUAUCCUCAUCUCUACUCAAGAGCAUACAUUAACUUUAGAAACCCUGAGGACAUCCUUCUUUUUAGAGAUCGCUUUGAUGGCUAUGUCUUCAUUGAUAAUAAAGGUCUGGAGUAUCCUGCGGUGGUUGAAUUUGCUCCAUUCCAGAAGAUUUCAAAGAAGAAGCUGAAGAAGAAAGAUGCCAAAGCUGGGAGCAUUGAAGAUGAUCCAGAAUAUAGGAAAUUUUUAGAGAGUUAUUGUGCUGAUGAAGAGAAAAUCUGUGCCAAUCCUGAGAUUCUUUUGGGAGAGAUUGAGGCCAAAACAAGGGAACUCAUUGCUAGAAGAACAACACCUCUUUUGGAAUAUAUUAAAAAUAGAAAAUUAGAAAAGCAGAGAAUACGAGAAGAAAAAAGAGAAGAACGAAGGCGGAGAGAAUUGGAGAAGAAGCGCCUGCGGGAGGAAGAGAAGAGGAAGCGCAGAGAAGAAGAAAGACGUAAAAGAAAAGAAGUAGAGAAGCAAAAGAAGAUUUCUGAAAAAGAAAUAAGGAUCAAGCUUCUUAAGAAGCCUGAGAAAGGAGAUGAGCUGACCAGUGAAAAGAACAAAGAGAAAGGUGAAGAAGCUGACAUUGAAGAAAACAAGUGGGAUAAAUCACCUGGAUCUGGGAGUUUAAAAUCCAAAUCAUUGGAGGGUUCACUAAAAGAAGUUAAGGAAAAGUCACAAAAUGAUAGUGACAAAGAGCAAAGAGAUUUGGAGAGAAGAUUUCGAGAAAAAGAACCUGAAAGACAAAGGUAUCGAUUGGAUGAUGGCAGAAAGCAUAGAGCUCACUAUGAGGUUGACAAGUUUGUGAGAAGGAAUGAAGAAGAGCUGAAAUGGGGGAAAGGAUACAACCAAGACAGAGGAAAGAAAGGGAACUACAACUACAGCUUCACUGUGGAGGCAGUAGACAAACUGGGUAAAGAGGACAAGUGUGAUGACAUGGCAUCCAAAAAGGAGCGCAUAAGAAAUAAGGAUCGCCCAGCCAUGCAGUUGUACCAGCCAGGAGCUCGCAUUCGGACACAUACGGGAUCUACGAGUAAAACCUAUGACUGCAGUGGGAAAUCCUUUGAAGAUGCUCUUGAUAAGAAGUAUGAGGCAGAUAACUCAGCUGGCGGCGGUUCUGAGAAGAGCGAAGAAGUGGAAUAAAACAAACUGGAGGAAAGACUUGUGAAAAGCGAUGAAUUUAAGAUUUGGUGUCAUCACAAGAAGAAUCCAUAGGACUGGUUCAGAACUCCACAGGCAGUCGCACCAACAAAAUGAUAACAGCUCUGCCUCUUACUUUCUGUAAAAUAAAGGGAAGAGGGAAUGGAGACAUAUGAAGUGUCUUACAGCAAAGGAAUAGAGUUGCUUUUCUACAAAAAGCAGGGCAAACACUAUUUGCCUAAUUUAAAAGCAGUUUGAUAUUUUAUUAGAUUUACCUUGAAACAGAAAACCUUUAAUAGUUUCAAAGGAGCAUUUAUAUAAGGCUUUUCAGAAGCUCUUUCAUCUUUUCAAGUCUAAAGAAAUGAAAGAUAGAUUUGAAUCAUUUUGAAGUCUGAGGCACUUGAACUGUGUUUGGUGCAUGACAUGAGGGUUACAGGUCCACAGCAGGGACUGCCACUGGGAGUUGCAGUCAGGCUCAGUGGGAUCAACCCAGCUCAGAAGCUGGUAGUGUUUGCAGGAGGAGGCCCACAGUUGUAAGAAAUGUCUGUUGGUAUCUGUAACUCAUUGUGUUUACAUUGUUUUUCAAUUAACUCUAGUGUCAGGUAAGUGUUAGUAAAGCUGCAAGUAUGUUAUUAGAGAGUUUGUCGUUUUCUGAGCCACUUUUGCCUUUUUUGUUGUAAGAUUCUUGUGCUUAAAACAGAAAAAAGCUAACGCAAACCUCAGCACUUAAAACAAUGUAUCUGGGUUUAAUAAAUUAGCUGUUUUAUUAUGUUUUUGACACUGACUUUUAAGAAGUGGUUGUACACUGAUGACUUUUUCUACACCUAUGUUUCAUACAAGUUGCUGUUGCAGGAUCGGGGAAGUGUAUGAUACAUGAAUAUUCUGCAGUUCUGUUUGUUAAAAACAAUGCACACACAUGAAUGUAAGC